AUGAAGACGAGUGGUGAUGAGCUGGUGCACUUCAUAUCAGAGAGAAUCCUCAAAUUAGAUUACUUUCUAAAUUCUGGUCGGCAUCUUUGUGGUGGAGUUCAGACUCUAUCGGACGCUAUCAAGACGGCUCGAGAAAAGCAUCGAAGUGUUAGUGCCGAAGAGGCGGCAGUGGUACCGGAGGAGGUUAGCACUGGUACCGACACGGCCGAACGACCUGUAAUGAAGUCACAGCAACCAAGGUUUUACGGUGGUCCGUUGAAAGGAAGCAUAUCGCAUCCAUUACACGCGCCUAUAUCUCGUUCCAAAACUUUGGCGUGGUUCCUGGCCGACGAUCUGCUAGAAAAGAAAAGCGCGCCGGCCAACGGUUCCAUGAAGACAGAUGGUAAAAACUGCAAAUCAGAAGACAAGAAACGUCGUCGUGCGCUUCGUCGAGCCAAAAAAACUGAAGCAGCAGCUCAUUUCGAUUUGGCUGAAACAGAAGCAAAUGUGGCGACGCUCGAGGAUCUGCUUGCUAGCGAACGUCAGCGUAUUUUAAAUGGAGUCGAUGAUUACUGGUAUUAUGAUGUUGCCUCGGAUGGUUAUUACUAUGAGCAGAAUGGUGCAAAAGGAUGGAGACGACGUAUGCCGAAUUCGGCAAUGCAUCGCAUCAAGGAGCAGGAAAUCGCACAGUUGGCUAAAGGUGGAAAAAUUCCGAUGUUAAACAUGCAGACUGCGGUACAUGCCCAUGCGUUGCUCCAGAGUGCGAUGUUCUCACAACCUGCACUUAAGUACUAUGAUGCAAACUCGGAUGGAUUCUAUUAUGAAAUGGCUUCGGUUGACGGAUGGAAACGCCGUCAACCAAGCAAACCGGCAAACCAGUCACUUUCUGGUGCGACUACCGUGGGAACUGUUAGUACAUCCGGCACCGAGGGGGCUGGCACGCCUACCCACACCAGCUAUGGCGCCGCUUUGGCACGGGGUCAAGUUCCUCGUAACUACUGUGUGCUCGACGAUAGUAGUGCAUCGUCAUCGGUUAGCGAAGAUAACAGCCUGCAGGAUGUGUUCGGUCUCGACACGGCGUUCAACGGAUUGACGAUGGGUUGUGACAGCCCGUUCCGACCUCUCAACGGAACCAUAAACAGGAACGGCAACAGCAAGAACAAUAGCUCAACAACUGUGUCUCGGCCCGAUUCACUUCUUCUUAGUGAUCAGAUUCUACCUGGGUUCAAUGCUGACAAGUUUAUCGAGGAUUUGUCGUUCUCCGGACUUGACCCUUCCAAGAUGCUCAACUCCGUAUCCCGUACUCCAGCUGAUCCAUGGGCAUCGCGUUGUGGUGGUUGGGCGCUACCACCAUUCGAUAAACCGGCCACAUUAAGUUCAUCGUUGGUCGAAGACGACGACAAUUCGUCAAUGCUUCUCAAAGACCUUGAGAAGAUCUGGGCCACACCAGUUGGCGGUCUAAAUGCGUAG